AUUCAUUUCUGCCCCGCAUGCAACCUGCAAUUUGGUGUUGCUGUGCGCGAGACCAUGGCAAAUAACACAGACGGGGGAGAUUCGUUGCUUAUUUACAAUACAUCCGUGACUAUUCCAGAAUGAACUCUGCAGGAUGGGCGAGGGAGAAGCUGACGAAUGGUUUUCUACGGGGUGUGAAAUCAGAUGCUAAAAAUAUUUAAUGCGAUCUUGAGUAUUUUGUCCCUGGUGGUGGACAGGGAAAAUCUCGGCAUAUCUUGUCCGAGAGAUUUCCCUUCCAAGGACUGUCUCUCCUAGCGACAGUAUCCAGACAUGGCCCUGGUUACUCUGCAGCGCUCUCCCACCCCCAGCGCAGCAUCCUCCGCCAGCACCGCCACCACCAACGCUGGGGAGGACGUUGGCAGUGACGAUGACCGGAGGACCAACCAAAGCCUCAGCGAGAGCUUCUUCAUGGUCAAAGGAGCAGCUCUCUUCCUGCAGCAGGGCAGCAGUCCACAGGGCCCCAAGACCCCCACACACCACCAGCACGCAGGAGAUCUUCCUCAGCACCUUCAGAUCAUGAUCAACACGCUCCGCUCAGAGGACCGCAUCAAGCUGGCUGUCCGGUUAGAGAGCGGGUGGUCUGAGCGCGUGCGGUACAUGGUCGUGGUUUACACCAACGGUCGCCAGGAUACGGAAGAGAACCUCCUGCUGGGGAUGGACUUUACGGACAAGGACAGUAAAAUUUGCUCGAUCGGGAUGGUGCUGCCACUUUGGAGCGACACAAAGAUACAUCUAGAUGGAGAUGGGGGGUUCAGUGUGACUACGGCUGGAAGGGCACAUGUUUUCAAGCCUGUGUCUGUGCAGGCCAUGUGGUCUGCUCUCCAGAUCCUCCACAAGGCGUGCGAGGUGUCCCGCAGGUACAACUACUUCCCCGGGGGCAUGGCGCUCACCUGGAUGGGCUUCUACGAGAGCUGCGUCUCCUCGGAGCAGAGCUGCAUCAACGAGUGGAACGCCAUGACCGACCUGGAGACCACCAGGCCAGACUCCCCCACCCUGUUCGUGGACCGGCCCACGGAGAGAGAGAGGACCGAGGGCCAGAUCAGAGCCAAGCUGCGCAGCAUCAUGAUGUUCCAGGACCUGGAGAACGUCACGUCUAAGGAGAUCCGUACAGAGCUGGAGCACCACAUGAGCUGUAACCUGAAGGAGUUCAAGGAGUUCAUCGACAACGAGAUGCUGCUGAUCCUGGGCCAGAUGGACAAGGCCACUCUCAUCUUCGACCACCUCUACCUGGGCUCUGAGUGGAACGCGUCUAACUUGGAAGAGCUGCGAGACUGCGGGAUUGGUUAUAUCCUGAACGUGACCAGGGAGAUCGAUAACUUUUUCCCAGGGACGUUUUCCUACCACAACAUCCGUGUAUACGAUGAGGAGACCACUGACCUCCUGGCCCACUGGAACGACACCUACAACUUCAUCCUCAGAGCCAAGAGGAACCAGUCAAAGUGUCUGGUCCACUGUAAGAUGGGGGUGAGUCGCUCGGCGUCCACGGUGAUCGCCUACGCCAUGAAGGAGUACGGCUGGUCGCUGGAGCGAGCGUUCAGCUUCGUCAAGCAGAAGAGGAGCGUGGCACGGCCCAACGCCGGCUUCAUGAGGCAGCUGGCCGAGUACGAGGGCAUCCUGGACGCCAGCAAGCAGCGGCACAACAAGCUGUGGAGGCCUGAAGGGGACGAGGAGGGGGGCGACGAGGCGUCCGGGCCCUGCUGCGGCCUGGAGGUCCCUGGAGAGGACCCCCCGGGGCUGCGAGCCUCUUCCCUGGAGGAGGAGGACGUGUGGGGGCGAGGCGUCUGCGGCGGCUCCCCCUGCAGGGGCCUGGAAGUGGAGCCCCUGGACCCGCUCAACUACAACUACUACUUCCGCCGCCUGUCGGACACGGCGCUGGACAGCGAGCCGUCGACGCCCGUGCGCGGCCCGCCCCUGCUAGGCAUGGAGAGGGUGUUCAUCCAGAUCGAGGACGUGGAGCGCGACGCCCUCCUGGAGGACGAAGGGUUCCCCAUGGCCCAGCUGGCACUGCCUGGCGAGGCGGCCGGCGCCCAGACGUGUGGGCGUCUGGAGCCGCUGGAGGAGACGCGCCUGCGUCUGGAGUUCAGCACGGUGGAGGAGGAGGACGAGGAGGAGGCGCAGAAGGAGGAGGCGGAGAUGGCCGCCCUGGCCCGGCCCGCCGGGGGGGAGGAGAGGCGGCGGGGGGGGGGAGGAGGGGGGGGGGGGGAGGUGGGGGAAAGGAAGGAGGAGAGCCGGUUAGGCCUGGCCAACCUCAACACCAACAACAGUAACCGUCUGGCGGCCAAGCGCAGCUGCCCGGCUGCUUUUGACGACAGUGCUAGCACAGGAAACCCUUCCAAGGUGAAGCCGUCCUACCAGACGUGUACAGACUGCCUCCGCCUGCCCCAGAGCCGCCGCUGCGAGCGCCCAGCCGGGGGCCGCCCCCACCGCCUUAACCCCGCCCGCCUCUGCAGCAUCCCCACCAUCUCCAUCGACCCCCCGGGGACGCACUUCGCCCCCACGCCGACCCCUCUCUCCGCCCCGGCCCCGGCCCCUGCCCCGCCGGUGCCCCCCACCCUGUUGCAGCCCUGCGGGCGCCUGUGCUGCCCGGGGGCCCCCUGCGCCCUGCCUGCCCCGGUGGCGCGCCUGGAGGCCUACCGCCAGCGCCUGGUGUCGCCCAUGAGCUGCGAGGAGCUGCCCCGCGACCGCUGCUCGCUGGAGACGGAGGACAUGGACGAGCUGCAGGAGGAGGAGGAGGAGGAAGAGGAGGAGCCGGGCCGGGAGGCCGGCUGCGGAGCCGUGACUGAGCUCACCCUGCUGGAGCUGAGCCUGGAGGGGGAGAGAACCCCCGCGGCCGCCCCCGGGAAAGGGGUGGCGUUCCAGCUCGCCCUGGAGGAGAUGCCCCCUGGCGGGGAAGCGGCGAUGCUGCGUCGGGAAGCCCUGGCCACGCUGCAGAGGACACGCCUGGGGGCGGGCGUGGUGAGGCAGAGAGCAGAGCAGCUGGAGAGGCUGGCCAGCCUGGCCGCGGAGGGGCAGCUCUCGGCUGGGGCCCUGCCCGAGCAGAUGGACGUGGGGCUGGGGGAGGGGGUGGGGGCGGGGGUGCUGGAGGAUAUGGAGGUGGAGGGAGAUUUGGAGCUCCCCUCCGAGCCCCGGACCUCUUCCGCAACCGUCUCGGCCGAGGAGCACCCCCCCGCCCCGGUGACCUCCCCCCCAGGGGGCGCCACCUUCACCCGGACACCUCUCUCCUCUCCCCACGGCUCCUCCAGCCUCACUCGCAGCUCCAGCAGCGACAGCCUCCACAGCCUCCGCGGGGGCCAGCCCGGCCUGGUCCGCCAGCGGGCCCUGGAGAUCGAGAGCCACAUGAGGCUAGCCGGCCUCACCAUGCCCUCCCGCCUCAAACGCUCCAGCUCCCUGGCCAAGCUGGGAGGCCUCACCUUCUCCACGGAGGAUCUCACCCUGUCCGCCAGCUCCAGCUUCCCCCAAGACCCCCCGCCGGCCCCCACCCCGCCACCUGCCGCCCCUCCCUCCACCCCGGGGGAGCCCUCCCCCUCCCCGCCCCCCGCCGACUCUUCCUCCACCUCGGGGGAGCCCUCCCCGCCCCCCGCCGCUGCCCCCUGGAGGUGACUGAAUGCUGGAACUUCCCCUCACACUCCCUGUCCCAUCCCCCAGAAGACUGACCCCCCCCCCCCCCCAUCAGGUCUCCUCCAGAGAGAACCAGGCUGGAGUGGGGGGGCGGAGGGGGGUCUACCAGGAUGGCCCCCCCUCCUAGCAGAGACACACCUGGACUAAAAACUCCUGAAGGUAAUGGGACGGUUGCCGGGAAGAUAGAGCAGAACGUGACAUAACUCCAACUUCCUGUUUCCUGUAUGUGAAUCGAGCCGACUGGUGGAGCUCAGCGAAUGUGGACCAAUGAGCGCACGUUUCCCAUUCGUUCAAUCACACAGCCCUCCGUGUCAUUCGAGACUGUUGAUCGGAUAGGAAAUCCUCUCUGGAUCCAUCGUCUCCCCGACUGCUUGCAGGUCACGGGGUGACCCCUUGUGACCCCUUGUGACCCCUGGGUGACCCCUGGGCCUUUCUGUGUGCGUGUGCCUCAACCACAGGCACCUCUGACAGUUUCAGUCCAAAGACCUGUUUUGUUGACCUGUCCCCUCCGUGUUGGGGCCUGCCGGACCACCUCCAUCGAGGUACUUCAUGUACUCACAUCUUCAAGUGGUCAGUUUAGUCUUAACGUUCGUGUUACACAACUCAUCCCCUCGUCGCACACGCAUCGCGCAUGUUAUGGAUGUUUGAAAGAGGGACAGAGAAGGGAUGUUCUAUAACAACAUCCUCUUGUGUACUUUAUUUGAAUACAAUCUUUAUUAUUUAAUUUUUUUUCAUAUCCUUGAGAUAUUGUUUGGGUCAUUCGCACAGACAGCUAGCUAGAGAGCGCGCUAGCUCUACUUUAGCCUCAGCUGGACUCACAAGCACUUAAUGCUGUGUAUCAGAGAGGAAGAAUGGCUUUCGUCUCUGUUUAUGAUCCUCGAGGUUCUUUCAGAGUUGCUGUGAGCUGUGACUGUAGACUGGCCCACUGCGAGGCCUCAUGGAAACUACUAAUGGAAGCCAAACUCCUCUACCAGGUCUCACGCCUCCCAUCUCAACAAAUUUUCGACAGAUCCCGACUCCCUGUGAAGCUUUUGCUGAACGCUAGGAUUUCUUUUAUUGGUGCACUCCUACAGCGUAGCUCAACUACGACCCGCCCCCUCCCAGGGUAUGAGCCAAUCACGUCAGACUUCCUGCUGUAAUGUGUUGCCAAAGUGCCAUGUGUCAUGAGGCGAGGCCGCCUCAAACAACUUGUCUUGCGGUUGUUCACCAGAUUUAUUUGCUUAGUCACAUGAGUUGCAGCAAAACAGCUUUCGAGCAAAGCACACACCUCAGCACACAGCGAACUUGUGUUAAAUUAACACCAUAAGAGACCAAGGAGAGGAGGAGGGGGCAGAACUAACACUACUUAUCGGGUACAGCGUCUCCACUCUGCCCACCUGUACUGCAUCUGAGCAACGCCUGUUUUUCUUGACACUGUGUUGUGGAUAAAGUGGUGUUCCGGCGCUGUCUGUGAGCGGAACAGAGGAUUAAUGUGAUUAGGCUCAAGCUGUUUGGGGCAGAGAGGAGACCAAGCUCUCUCUCUGACUCGUGACGCGGGCGGAACUGUGAACCGAGUCAGACAAGGACACCGAGACGCGGAUGGAAACUCCCGGAAGAAGCGCUUGAUUACCUGCGUGUGGAGAUGUGAUGUUAUGUUUACAGCCGAAACGCAAACACCCAAGCUUAAGGCGGCCGUGACAGCCUCGUGAACCCUAACCCCUCCACGCCCUUCGAACGACGCUUCCCCAAAUUCAUUCUCAUCCCUUUUUUUAUUUUGUAUUUAUCAGUUGCGUUAUUUAUAUUUUUACGAGUUCUUAUUCUACAAUACGGCACCUGAUGCACGUCAGGUGGUCGAAUCACUCAGUGCCAGCUUAAACGUUGAUUGGUCCCAGGGUGUUUUGGUUUUGAGACUUUUAGUUUUGUUUUAAUGAGCUGCACUGGGCAUGUUCACUGUGCAGGGAUGAAGUGGAGCUGGCUGGUGUGUGUGCAGGCACACGCAUGACAGAGCUAGAACGCUUGUGAGCGCCGUGGGACGAUGUGGACACUGGUACGGAUGCAAAGGACUGGGAGGUGUCUUUAGCCAUUCAGAAAACUCAACAUGUCACUGAUGCAUAUUCUAUAAUACAGUAGGUGAGACUGUGGAUUGAUUCAGUAAUAAUUCAUAUUUUGGCUUUGUAUUGGUUGUGGAACACUGCUUCUAAAGCUGGUUGUUUUUUUUUUUUCUUGACUGGUAUCUAACCCCCUCUCUCCUCCAAACCCAGACCCUUAGAUCAGUCAUUAUGCUGGCUUUAUUUAGUGUCAGCACUUCAUUGGCCCCUCGCUGUCACAUGACCCUCGCGGGGCUGUGAGGGGCAGGGCAUAACAGGUUUACAGCACAACAGCCCUCUUAUCCCCGAAGCAUCACUGGGCCGACUCCAGACCCGGGACUCCCACCUUCGGCGUUGCUGUGACAACGCCUGCUUGGGUCUCUGGUCGGCCGAAGCCGACGCAUCGUGCUCGCGACGGCGAAAGACGAAAAAAGACCCACCGGACGGAAAGUUCCGAAACCUUCCGCGUGUCCCGUCGUCGUCGGCAACGUCGCCGUCCGACCCUCCGAUCCGACGCAAUACGUUUCAGUCGUUUGCAUAACAUGUUUUGGAUUUGUGUUGUGUUUCUGCAUAAGUGCCUUAACCCCCCUGGCCUUGGGUCUGUUGCGCUGCACGGCGGCCUUAACAGACACACGAAAACGACACAGAAAACGAGUCAAGCCAAGGACUUCCCCUCUUAUGCCACACAUCAACACAUCUGUCCCUGAAGGGCAUGACCAUGACACCCUUAAGCCCAGUACAUCCACAUAGACAUAUGCAUACAUAGACAAGACUCUCAAAGGACAUAAGCUCUCACCCGCACACGUCAUUGACAGCCAUUCGUUUCUAGAAUAGUGUAUGUUUAUCUCGAUUGAACAGAGAUGCAUGUGGACUACCCGUUUAUGAACUCUCAAACAUCAAACCGACAAUCCUACUGGACAUUGUUCCUCAGAGAGAGAGAGAGAGGAAUAGAGAAAAUGACAGACAAGAAAAAGAAAAGAGGAUAGACAUACAGUCGUUUCAGGAGUCCCAGUUGCCAUUGUUAAGUGUCUCCAGCGGGGAGGAGCUUGGUGAGACGUUUUGCAAACAUGGCGUGAAUGAGUGCCGGUCCUCCAACACAAUCACAUAAGGAGGAAAUGUUUUGUUACAUUGAUUGUUUUUGAUAAUUCUUUUAUUUCAGGGGGUUAAGUAUUGUUUGCACUGUACUGUACAUUUACAAUGUUAAUGUGUAAAGCACUUUUUUUUUCUCUCUUUUUUUAUUGCAUUUUGUCAAAAUGUUGAGUCAAUGUGUAUCAUGUAAGUAAAGCAUUACUUGUCUGCA